GAGGUCCUGAAGGGCGCCUCGGCGCUGAAGGCCGUGGGGGCGACCGCGGCAGCCGCCUGGGGCACCGUGGCGCAUCUCGGCGACCACGGCUUUGGAGGCUACGACAGUCACUUCCACGAGGAUCACGGGGAUCAUGCCCACCACGACCACGCAGAGCAUGAAGGUCACGACGACCACGGCGAUCACGAAGAUCACGGCGCUCACGAGGAAGGCCACGGCGAAGGCGAAGAUCACGAGGAUCAUGGCGCGCACGAAGAGAAUGGUGAACACGACGAGCAUGGUGAGGAGGAGUUCGAGGCCGAGGGCGGCGAUGGCGAUAUCGCGGCGGAGGAGGUGGAGAUCGCCACCGGCAUGACCAGGGGCGCAGAGCGCGCGGAGGCGCAGCCUGAGGAAAAGGGGGUGGCCAGCUUCAUCACGAGCCGCGUCGCGAAGGUUACCGCCGUGGCGUCGGUGGCCCUCUCGGCGGCCUCGCGCAUGAUCGAGGCCCGCACGCAGGAUC